AUGAUUUUUGUUGAUAUUAAACGUGCUUAAAUCCUUCAUUUAAAAUUAAAAAGGACUGUAAAAAGGUUUGUUUUUAUAAUAAAUACAAUAUUUGAUAGACGGUUUUAUGAAAAACCUCGUUUAACCUGGAUUGUAGCAGAAAUAAGAUUGUGCGAACAUGGAGCCUAACAGUAAUCUUAAACCUAAACACAAAUACAAGUUGAUUCGAGAGGUUUAUCCCCAAGAUCCGGGGAAAAAAGUAAGGGUCAAUCCGAAAUACAGCAGGCUUUGCCUUACUAGUCAAUCGACAAAGAAGCGGCAAAACGAAAACAAGAACGAUAUGCGAGACAAAGAAAAUAGUUUGUUGACUGAUGAUGAUAGUAUUAGCUCUAUUGGUUUGAAAGAAGAACAUUUGAAUCCCAUAUUUUCUUCGUCGUCCAAUGAAAAUGUGAUAAAACAUGAUAAACAAACAGAAGAUGAUACGUUUUGCAGUGAGAUAGAAAAAAUUGCUGCAAUCGGUGGUGCUGAAAUGUUGUCAAAGAAAAAUACAAGAGAUGGAAGUGAAUCAUUGUUUUCAACUGAUAGUUCCGAGAAAAACUCUCAAACAAUUGAAAGACAACUGUCACAUGAUAUCGGUGACUUAAAUUUGGCAGAGAACUUGGGGAGUCAAACAAAUGAGCCGCUCCUUUUGGAAUAUUCAUCGAGUGUUCUCGACUCCACAUUGAGUAAAGAUACGUCAUAUUUGGAAUAUUAUGAGAGAUCAGUUAAGCCAUAUUGUAGUGAAGAUAGCAUUGAGUCUUAUCGUGAAAAAGGACAAGGGGGCGAAAGUCCCGAAAAGGAUGAAAUAUUGGAUGACACUAAGGAUAAAACGCUUGAAAGUUUAGCAGAAACUCAGGAAAAAACUAUCUCAGAUAUGCAUAAUAACACAUUUGGAAACGAUAUUUUAUCGAUUAGUAGUGAAACAUCAGAAAAAAUUAAAAGCGAUUCAACCAUAAUCAGUUUGUCAGAUUCUGAUGAUGAGUGUACGAAAACAUCAACUCAAUUAGAAAAGGUUGUCUCCCCACUAAACUCUCUGAAUGUCACAACUAGCUCAGAAGUAGAUAAAUUCUUUAAUAAUAUUCCACUUCUAGCCUCUCCUCAAUGUAGUGUAUAUACUAGAAAAUUUGAUCCUAGAUACGAUAAUCAAAGUCCAUUAAGAGGAAGUAACUCAAUUCAUAACAAAAAGCACGAGGAAGAAAUUAUUCCAGAGAGUGAUCCGGAACCAGAUACUGACUCAACAAAAUCUAAUUCUCCCAAGAAAGAAACUCUAAAAUCAAAGAUUGCCUCCUCAUUAUCAUCUUGUUCUCCGGAAAUCACUCAAAUAAAUAUUUCCGCAAACGUACAUAUUUCCAUUAAGAUCGACAAUAAAGGAAAUUCAUUGCAAACUGAUAAGAAAGCUUCUGUUGUUCAAAAUGAAAAUUUAAAACGCAAACAAGAUCCAAAAACAAGCGAUCAGCCCUUUCGUGCCCCCCAGUGUGGAAGAUCAAAAGAGAAAGAAACUGAGAAAACGGUAAAAAACUGUCAAAACGAGCAAGUUAAGUUGGAACACGAUUCAAUAGAGGUAGACGAAUAUACAUCUAAAGUACUUGAUGAAAUUUAUGGAAAAGAUAAAUGGCAAACACCUCAGUUAAAAACGAAAUCUGUACAACGAUCAAAUCGCGAAAAAUCUAUGCUGGAUUUUUCUACAUUUGACCGCAAUGCUAAUUUAGAGUCGACUCGAAUAACUAGCCAAAAACACAUACACAACUCUACAAAAGUUCCAACAACAAACAAGAAGAAAGUUAAGGAAAAUCGAGCUCCAACUUUGUCUAUAUGCGAUCCUGAAACAUCAUCGGACAAUGAAUCAAGUGACGAAUCUUGGAAAAUUGAAUCACAAAAUUCUACCGAUUCGGAGUUAACCCAAACUAAUAAGACAAAACAAAAACGGGUAGCUCCAAAACAACGUGUCAUCCGUCCACCCAGUUAUUCAGAUUCUGAUGAUGAUCAAAAUAUGAAUCAAAAUCCUACCAAUGGAGGAAAAACAAAAAGAAAGCUUUUCAAUCCAAACAAAACGUACGACGAAACGGAAUUAGAUUUGCAUGAGCAAUCAAAGGAAAAUAAAUCUAACGAUAUGGAUCAUGACAUAAACCAAAUAAAAGAUGAUGCUUUGUCAUUUUGCUUUGAAUUCGAAAAUGUGCCUAAAGCAUUGGAUCGUAUUAAAAACGGUAAAAGUAAUGCAACGCCUCCAAAGUCUCUAUCAAAGAAAAUUAACACAAUCAAUAGUGAAAAUCCGAAGAUCAGAAAAGAGACACAGACUCCCAAAAGCUCAGUCAAAAAACUAGGGUUCUUACAGUCGUUAGAUGUUAACACACCUGAAGAUAUAUGCGAUCCUGAAGCGUUGAGAUUCCGUAAAAAUUACAAGAACCUGAAACAUGAAUUGACAGACAAAUUAUUCGCUUUGUAUAAUGAGCACAUUUUUGAAAAUGAAUUAGUGACGCCGUGCAGUUGGAAUAAAAAAUUACUAACUACUGCUGGAAGAUGUCGUUUGUCAAGAAUUGGUGGUGUUCGUAAAGCUCAAAUCGAGCUAAGUGACAAAGUUUUAACAUCAGCUGAUCGUCUCAGAUGUACUCUUAUUCAUGAAAUGUGUCAUGCAGCAACAUGGAUUUUUAAUGGAGAAGACGGCCACGGAAAAACUUGGAAGGCAUGGGCUCACAAAGCAAAUAUGAUUUUCAAAGAACUUCCGUUGGCCCGUUCUUGUCACAAUUAUCAGAUAUUCUAUAAAUAUACGUACUUGUGUAAAUUUUGCAAAAGCAAAUCGCAGGCACACUCCAAAAGCAAAAAGGUAGAGAAUAUCCGUUGCAAACUUUGUCACGGGCCUAUUGAGAUUAUGCUAAACAAAAUUAAUAAAGAAGGCCAAAUGGUAUCUACACCAGUCAAAAGUGCCACCGGAUUCGCGAAAUUCGUCAAGGAAAACUAUUCGAAAGUUAAGACACCAAACGUAAAACAUGGUGAAGUCAUGAAAACUUUAGGACAAGAUUUUGGAAAGCUGAGUGUCUCACAAAGAGCCUUGUAUUAAAUUCAGAAAAUUUUAUGUUACAUCUAAAUAAUUUAUUUAACAUUAUGACUUGACAAAAACUAUAUGGACGAUGAGAUGAGAAAAAAUGAUUAAAUCAAAUCUUGUGACAAAAUAAAAUAUGCAA